ACUACAGUGCCUUGAUCGGCGACAGGUCUUUGCAUUUGCUAGAAAUUGUAACUGUGUAGGUAAUGGCCAGUACAGCCAGAGCUGCUCGCCUUUAUGUGGGCAACCUGCCGUGGACUGUGGGCCACCGCCAACUUAGAGAAUAUUUUGCCCAGUUUGGUCCAGUACAAAGUUCUAGAGUAGUCUUUGAUCGUUCCACAGGUCUCAGCAAAGGCUACGGGUUUAUUGAAUUUGUCAGCCCGUCGGCUGCCGCUGAUGCUACCAACAAACAAGUCCAUACUUUAGAGGGUCUUAACUUAACUGUUCAAAUCCAGAAUAGCUAGAUAGCAUU